UUUUCUUCCUCCUCCUUUUGCUUUCUCCGUUUCCAUUCCUUCUGUAGACAGCUCAGCCAGAGCUGCAGAGGCAUCCACUUGAGAAAAAAAAUUACAACUGAUUCGUCAUCCAAGUGGUUCCCGCCGCCUCGUUCCACGAGCCGAUCUCUGGCGUUAGUUUCUUUCAACUAGUGCUUGCUUUCCCAAGCUCGAGUUAGCAGACGCUGUAAAUGGAGCUGUCGUUUCUGAGAUUUCCUGUUUGUUUGUCUGUUUGGUUCCUGGGAAGAUUUCAGGUGGGCAGCUGAAGAGAAAAAAGAAGGAAUGGAAAGCGGAUUGAAAAUGCAAUCUUCUCCUCCUCUUCAGGAUAUGGGAAUUGGGAACUUCGGGUGUUCGCACUACAGGAGAAGGUGCAAGAUCAGGGCGCCGUGCUGUGACGAGAUAUUUGAUUGCAGGCAUUGCCAUAACGAGUCCAAGAACUCGAUUGAAGUCGAUUGCCAUGAUCGUCAUGACAUUCCUCGCCACCAGCUGAAACGGGUCAUUUGCUCCCUUUGUGACACAGAACAAGAUGUUCAACAGCACUGCAUCAAUUGUGGAGUUUGCAUGGGGAAGUACUUCUGCUCCGAAUGCAAGUUCUUCGAUGAUGAUGUCUCAAAGCAGCAAUACCACUGCAAAGAAUGUGGUAUCUGCAGAACUGGAGGGGAGGAUAACUUUUUCCACUGUGACAAAUGCGGUAAGAUUCUUGACAUAAAGGAAACAUUAGAAUUGAAGAUUGGGGAUCCUGGUUUUCUUACUUAUCGCCGUCCUGGAUGGUUAGGAUGUUGCUAUUCAACGUUUUUGAAGGAUUCACACAACUGCGUCGAAAGAGCAAUGCACCAUAACUGCCCUGUGUGUUUUGAGUUUUUGUUUGAGACAACGAAAGACAUCACAGUAUUGCACUGCGGACACACUAUCCAUGUAGAAUGCCUUAAUCAGAUGCAAAGACAUUUUCAAUACUCUUGCCCUGUUUGCUCCAAGUCCUAUUGUGACAUGUCCCAAGCAUGGAAGAAACUUGAUCAAGAGGUUGCUUCAACACCUAUGCCACAAAUUUAUCAGAAUAAGCUGGUUUGGAUCCUCUGCAAUGAUUGCGGAGAAACAUCAGAAGUGAACUUCCACAUCUUAGCACACAAGUGCCUGAAGUGCAAUUCAUACAACACAAGGCAGACCAGGGGAGCGAAAGCAGCAGCUUGCUCAUCAAGGAUCCCAGAAAUGGUGAGAUGAAUGGCUCUUUCUUUGCAUCUCCUUGUUUUCUCAGCUGGAAAAUGAAAAGAACCAACUACCAUGAUCCUUCCUCGUUACCGGAGCACCAUCCGAAUUGCUGGAACUUCGCCGAGAGGUGUUCAUUGCCAAAGCACCCAGAGGCUUAGCUUCCAGAGAGCUUUGUGGUUUAUAUUCUGUCAAGCGUCAACCUCUUAUAUCUUGGGGGAGAAGAAAAGUUUGUUAUGGGAGUGUUGAAGUACUUCUCCAGUCAUUUUUCUUGCCUGGCCUCUGUACGUACUGUGGUUACGCUUCAUUUGAUCAGUUGAAAAAGAAAAACCAGGAACUGAUCUGGUUUGCCAGCCUUAUACAGCACACCUACAACAGCAAUUCCCUUCGUCUCUGGAUUGAAGUGGACCAUGUGGAGCUCCAUGUCAUAGCUGCCAUGGAACAUACUUUAGAUCAAACAUUUGAUUCGAGUCAUAAUCAGGAUACGAACACGAGAUCUUCGAGAUGAAUACCUACCUCCUGCCAUUGACGGUGUGCUCGGAAGGAGAGUGCCAGUGGCAUUGCUGGAGCAGAUACUUAGUCCCAUUGAUUCUUAUCGACCCUGCAUCCGAC